GUUUACACGGCAGCAAAGUUUGUCUUGGCAACAGGCGAAAGACCGCGCUACCUCGGCAUUCCUGGAGACGAGGACUACUGCAUCACAAGUGAUGACCUCUUCUCCUUACCUUACUGCCCUGGGAAGACCCUGGUUAUUGGUGCAUCUUAUGUGGCUCUGGAGUGUGGCGGCUUCCUCGCUGGACUGGGUCUUGACGUCACCAUUAUGGUGCGCUCUAUUCUGCUGAGGGGCUUCGACCAGGAAAUGGCCAAUCGUGCUGGUGAACACAUGGAGGAUCACGGUGUCAAAUUUGUCCGCAAAUAUGUUCCAGUAAAGAUAGAGCAGUUGGAAGCAGGCACUCCCGGCAGGCUGAAGGUGACGGCUAAGUCCAUUGAGACUGAUGAGGUCAUUGAGGAAGAGUACAACACUGUAUUGAUAGCAGUAGGUCGAGACGCAUGCACUGACAAGAUUGGCUUGGACAAGAUAGGCGUCAAAGUUAACCCAAAGAAUGGCAAGAUCCCCGUCAGUGAUGAAGAACAAACAAAUGUGCCCCACGUCUACGCCAUCGGAGACAUCUUGGAGGCCAAGUGGGAACUAACCCCCGUUGCUAUCCAAGCCGGCAAGUUGCUGGCACGGCGCCUUUACAAGGGUUCAACACUCAAGUGUGACUACAUCAACGUUCCCACCACUGUGUUCACUCCGCUGGAGUAUGGCUCAUGUGGCCUGUCUGAGGAGAGAGCCACAGAGUUGUACGGACAAGAAAACCUUGAGGUAUACCACAGUCUUUUUUGGCCUCUGGAAUUCACUGUGCCUGGCAGGGACAACAACAGAUGCUAUGCCAAGAUUAUCUGCAACAAACUAGACAAUGACCGAGUCAUUGGCUUCCACUACCUUGGUCCCAAUGCAGGAGAGGUAACGCAAGGCUAUGGAGUAGCCAUGAAAUGUGGUGCAACAAAGGCGCAGCUGGACGGCACCAUUGGCAUCCACCCGACUUGUGCUGAGCAAAUUUAAAAGAUGCUUUAAAUC